AUGGAUCAGGAUACUUUGGAUAAGAAGCCGGAUGAUGCUCUCAUCUCGCUUCUCAACCGUUUGUGUGACGACCCCAACAAUCUAGUCUUUAUUGUCAGUGGUCGAGGUAAGGACCCUCUUAGUAAAUGGUUUGGUUCUUGCGCAAAUCUCGGUAUCUCAGCUGAACAUGGUUAUUUCACUAGAUGGAACUGUGAUUCCCCAUGGGAGACAAGUGUAUUGCCCUGCGAUUUAGGGUGGAAGAAGAUAGCUAAACCGGUGAUGAAGCACUACACAGAAGCGACUGAUGGAUCAUUCAUAGAGGAGAAGGAGAGUGCAAUGGUGUGGCACCACCAAGAAGCUGACCCUUCAUUUGGUUCUUGGCAAGCUAAGGAGCUUCUAGAUCAUCUAGAGAGCGUGCUCACCAACGAGCCUGUUGUUGUCAAGAGAGGCCAGGACAUCGUAGAAGUUAAACCUCAG